AUGCUUCAGGGGAUCGCUCAGGAGGAAAGACGGGCGGAGACCGUUCAGCUCGCCUCCGCCGCGCUUUUGAGGUUGUACGAGCUUCAAAACAACCCCUCCGCCAUCACGUACGGGGGCGGUGGGGAUAAGAAUGAAAAUACAAACGGUGGACCUCUCGCGGAGGCACCAAGGGCCGCGCUUGACAAACCGACCUCCGCGACGUUACCCACCAUUGACGAGGGGGGGGACGAUUCCCUCUCUUCAUGA